AUGGUCUCCAGGCCUCCGUCUGAGCCCGAAAGGGCGACCACGGCGACGAAGCCCCCUCUGCCUCCGGCUCCGAAGCCCUCGACAACAACCUCUGAAAAGGCUCCUCCCCCCGGACCCGAAGCUCUCCUUGUCGCGGAUGCGCCUGCCGCUGCUGUUCCCUCUGCCCAGCCAGUGCCGGCUGAACCCCAGGCUGAGCCUCAGGCGUCCCCUGCUGCACCAGCGGUGUCUGUCGCCGACCCCUCGGCUCCCUUGCCUGCGGGGCUUGUUGCCGCGCCUGAGUUGCCGACUCCUGCCUCUGCCUCGUCCCCGCAGGCGGCGUCCGCCACCACUGGCGGCCCUGCCCCGUUGGUUGCGCCGCCGGUUGGUGGACCGGCUGCACCUGCUGUGCCACCGACUGCUCCUGUGGUGCAGAUGUCACGCCCGCCGUCACCUGGCCGCCGCCCAUCUCGCCCUCAUUCUCCCGCUCCCCAGCAGGAUCGUCAGUCCUCCCGGCGUCGGCGCAAUUCUCCACUUCGGCCGCAUCAGCAAGCCCAGUGGCACGCGAACCGUGGCGGCCACGGUGGCUGGUGGGGUCCCCGCGGCCGCGGUGGUGGUGGGGCGUACGAUCCGCCGGUGAGGAUGGCGGAUCUGCAGCGGGCGGUGUCAACUGCGGCUGUUCUUCCGGUGGAUCAGCCGCCUGCCGCUCCCGUCCCGCAUCAGAAUACUGCCCCGUCGCCUCCCGCUGCCUCUGCCUCUGCUCCUGUUCCUGGCUCUCGGCUUCGCCUCCCGCCCGUUCCGCCUGUUGCGGGAGUUGAAUUUGUGGCGGCGGGGGGGGGGUCGCAGUAUCCCCAUCCCGGGGUUGGCGGUUCUGCAACUCCCGCCCUCGAGGAGCCGUUUCAAUUUCUGGCGCAGGCAUUACAGCCUCCGCAGUCCCGCGUUCCAGAGGCCACUCUCGCCCAGCUCUUCCGCCUCGCGGAGAGCUUUCAUGCUCUGCUUCUGAUACAGGUUCUCGCGCAUUCAUCACUUCCCGCUGUUCCCCCCGAGACGUUCCAGGAUCGCCACCGCGAUUCGUGCCUGGAUGCAGCCGACCAGCUCGCAGUGCUGCUGGCGCCCGUGCUGGCUGCGCCCGUAGAGGGUGGAGUUGCGGCUGCUGGGCAGCUCGAUGAGGCUGUACGCAGCCUGAGGCGCCAUUUGCGUGCAGGUUCUGGAGCCGCCGCGAUCGGCGCAAGCACGCUUGUGGUCCGGGAGCUGUGGCGCUCCCUGACGGGCGUUCUUCACGCCCUUGGAGCUCACCGCAUGUAG